GAUCACAGUGGCUUUUGGGCACAUUCCACUCCUGAAGUCUAAGGUCAUGUUGACAUAAUAAAUGAAUGAAACAGUCAUUACGAUGGUGAUAGUGAUUCUCCCAAAGGAAAAUGGUCAGGGGAACUCGAUAAGGGCAUGUUCAAAAUGGCAUAAGAACAUAAGCUUGGAUCAAAUGCAAAUACAGUGGCAUCUACUGGAGGCUAGGAGUUAAUGCAGUGAUCACACACCUGGCAGUGUCAUUCAGUGAGCCAACAAAGAUGGUGGAUUCUCCUAAAAGCACAAAAGAGAACAGUAUUUCCAGUCUCCGUGACUCUCCCACUGUUGAGCAGCUGGAGGAAAUCCUACAUGGAGGUCAGUUAUCAUGUAACCAUGUUGAUGAAGUGUGGCCCAAUCUGUUUCUGGGAGACAUGUAUAUGUCUCAUGACAGAUAUGGACUUUGGAGACUUGGUAUUACUCAUGUUCUGAAUGCUGCUCAUGGGAAAAUGUGUUGCAAAGGUAGUGAUGAUUUCUAUGGCACCACAGUGCAAUACUAUGGAGUAGCAGCUAAUGACCUGCCUACUUUUGAUAUUUCACCUUUCUUCUACCCUUCUGCACAGUAUAUUCAUCAGGCUCUCAGCACUCCCGGAGCCAGAGUCUUUGUGCACUGUGCUGUUGGUGUAAGCCGUUCUGCUGCCCUGGUCUUGGCUUAUUUAAUGAUUUAUCACAACUACACUUUAGUGGAUGCUAUCCUGAAAGUUAAAGAGAAGAGGUGGAUUUUUCCAAAUCGAGGAUUUCUCAAGCAUCUUAUAAAUCUGGAUUCUGAACUAAAGAGCAAAUCUCAAGGUGACGUUCCUGUUCAUUGAGAAAACUAGCAACAGAUAUAUUAGUAUGUGUAAAACAGAGACUACGCAAAGAUGCUUGAACAGACAAAUGACAGCAUAUUGAAUGAGUACAUUAAUUUUGCCAAAAUUCAGCCUAAUCUGCAAUUAAUUCUGCAGUUGCACUUAACAAAUAUGUACAUUAUAUGGCCAAAGGUAUGUGGACACUUGACCAUCACAACCAUAUGUGGGUGUUCCCCAAACUGUUGCCACAAAGUUGGAAGCACACAACUGAAUAGGAUGCCUUUGUAUGCUGUAGUAUUACAAUUUCCCUUCACUGGAACUCAGAGGCCCAAACCUGUUCCAGCAUGACAGUGUCACUGUGCACAAAGCGAGCUCCAUGAAGACAUGGUUUGCCAAGUUUGGAGUGGAAGAACUCGAGUGUCCCGCACAGAGCCCUGACCUCAACCCCACUGAACACCUUUGGGAUGAAUUGGAACACUGACUCUACCCGAGACCUCCUCACCCAACAUCAGUGUCAGACCUCAGUAAUGCUCUUGUUGCUGAAUGAACAAAUCCCUACAGCCACACUCCAAUAUCUAGUGGAAAGCCUUCCCAGAACAGUGGAGGUUAUUAUAACAAUAAAGAGGCACUAAAUCUGGAACAGGAUGUUCAGUAAGCACAUAUGGUUGUGAUGUUGAGAUGUCCACAAACUUAAAAGUAAAUAUAUUAAUAUAUAAAAUCUGAGAUAAAUCAGUGGUUUUGUAUGUACUUCUAACAUUUAUUUAUUUGUUUGUUUAUGUAUUUAUUAAUUUAUUUACUCUCACUGUAAAAUUAUAAUUGUGUGUUAUUUAUUGCCCUGUUUAGCUCCUUAAUAACAUGUUGGUGCAGUACCACUAACUGCCACUGGGGGGCCACAACUCAUCUCUGGGUCUCAUCUCUGGGCACUGCUGUUCCUAAACAUGAAAUACCCCUCAUUAUCAUAGAAAUAUAGAUAUAAUAAAAAUAAAGAAAGGAAUGAAUAAAUUAAACAGUACAAAUACAAAAUAACUAAGUAAAAAUAAUCAAUAAUUAAGAAAUAAAUCUAUGCAAAAAAAAAAAGAAUGAAAAUGAUAAAUGCGUGCAUUUUAAUAAAUAGAAACAAACUCAAACUACACUCAGAGUUGUG